UCUGGAACCUCCUCGGCUUGUACGUAGACGUUCUUAGCAACCACGAGUUAUCCUCUUCGUUUUCACUUUGCUUCAGUUCACGGUCCCGUGCAUUCACUGUUGCGAAACACCAGCUGGAUUUCCAACUACGGUGCACUGAACAUCGAAGUAAACACGAAGCUCGAUCGUCAGGCAACAUCGGUAGAGAAUCCGCAGUCGUAUUACCGAAGGUCUUUGGCGGAUAAAAUUAAUCUUGCAAACCGGUUGAAUGAGAACUGAAUACUCUGCAGAGGCGAUUCCGAGCCGAGUGUUCGAGUGAAACCACGUUGACGUGGGCGGAAAAGGGAGAGAAAAGGCACGAAAGGGUGAAGUAUAGCUUGGAUAUAAAUAUAACUAAGGCGGAGUGGAAGAGGAGACGAAAAGGGAACACCGGCGUGCAAGAGGACGGUGGGGCAGCACCGUGACUAUGUAAACUACUAGCAAAUACUUGUGGCAGCGCGUGCGCACAGCCGAGCAACAGUCCGUAACGACACACUCGUAACACAGGUAUAAAUUACAGUAACGUGGUAGAUAGAUCAGAGAGAUCGGUGAAGAUCGAAGAAAUAAACGGUGAAUCAAUCAGAAUAGUAGAAGAAGAGUUAACGAGAAAAGAGAAAAGAAUUGGAGAACUGGGCUUUUCUUCGAGCAUAGACAAAGAAGCACGCAAACUGGCUCCGGAGGUGAGGAUCAAGCAAAUUGGAAUGAGGGAGGACCUGUUGUCCAUAAUACGGCACACAAGCAGCGAUCAUUUUUCGGAAGAACUUUAGCCGAAGAUUGAACGACGCAAGGGGCAAAAGGAAGACUAGCAAUAGACCACUGCUGCUUUCGAGUAUUCCGUACAAAUAGAGGGCUCUUGUUUGCUGGAUAAAUCAAGGAGAAGCGUCUGCCAGCGUCUCUUUUCAUUCUCUUCCUGUUCCAUUAUUAAUCCCCGAAACCGAUCCAUCCGACUGGCCUGUGUUUUCCACGCGAAGGAAACCAACGAGCCAAAUUCUCGAGCAGUUUCCCUUGUCGGGUUAUGCCCUGGGUGAUCGCCUGUUUCGAUCUUCUGGCGACACCGAUACUAGAUCACUGUCUGGCCGUGAGGAAACUCGCGCUGCAAACCGGCAUCCUCGAAGAAGAAACCGACAAACCGAUCGUAGCACAGGCGGCUAACGCGACCAACACGUCGAAUAGACAGAAAAAAAGCUCGUUGAGCGCUGACACCAUGGCUCCGAGUGCCGAGGAACAACGUCAAGAACCCAAGGAUAAAAUCGCAGUGAGGACGCCGGGGAUAAGCAAGUCACCCCGGAAGUUCGCGGGGGUUGUGAUCGCGAUGUGCGGCCUACCAGGUCGUGGAAAAAGCCAAGUGGCUCAGUGCCUUUCGCGCAGGCUCAACUGGAAUGGAGAUUCCACCAAAGUAAUGAGGGUCAGCGACUACCGAAGGAAAAGGCUGGAACCGUACGGAGAGGCGGUGUCGCACGAGCUGUUUCGCCCAGAUCACACGGCGAACGCAACUUUGAGAGCACUGGCCCAACGAGACGCGAUGCACGACUGCGCUGCGUGGCUUGCAGCCGGGAAUUCCGUAGCUAUCCUGGACGCCACGCUGGUGACACGAGCGCAGCGCGCCGAGGUCUUCGACUAUUUUUCCGGGCAGCUCGGUUAUCGCGUCCUUUUCAUCGAGUGCGUCUGCGACGAUCCGGUCGUGCUGGAGCGAAAUUACAAGGAGAUAUUGCGCUACAGCGCCGAUUACACUGGCAUGAAUCCGGUAAGAGCCGAGGAAGAUCUGCAGCUGAAGAUAGCUCAUUACGCGGAAUCCUACGAGCCGAUGGACGAGAAGACUUAUCCGCGUAUCCGCGUAGACACGGCGAGCAUGGACAUCGAGGCUCGUAAAGUGUCAGGCCACGUGGAGACGAGCGUUCUUGGAUAUCUUGGAAGCGUCACGAUCAAGCCGCACACUCUUUACUUCUCUCGGCACGGUGAAAGCGAGUACAACGUGUUGGGUAAAGUCGGCGGUGACGCGGUUCUAAGUGCACGCGGCGAGAGAUACGCACAGGCAUUGGCCACUAAGUUCAACGCUAUGCGUAUUCCUGACUUGCGCGUGUUGACUAGCCGUCUCCGAAGGACUAUCGCCACUGCACGUGGCGUUGAGGCGCCUCAGGAACACGUGGCAGCACUCAACGAGCUUUACGCUGGCAUCUGCGAGGGUCUCUCGUACGAAGAGAUGCAGGAGCAUUAUCCGCAGGAAUUCGCUUGGCGCGAUCAGGACAAGCUACGUUAUCGUUACCCGUGGGGCGAGAGCUACAUCGACGCGAUGCAACGCGUGGAACCGGUGAUAGCCGAACUGCAGAGAUCCAAUAACAUUCUGGUGGUAUCGCAUCAAGCUGUUCUUCGCUGCAUCAUUGGCUUCUUCACCGACAAGAAGCCAGAGGAGCUGCCGUACAUGGAGGUGCCGCUGCACACCAUCAUCCGAGUGAGCAGCCACGGCUACAAUUACAAGGUUGACUUCUUCAAGUUGCCGAUCGAGUGCGUGAACACGACGCGCGUGAAGCCGACGAAUUGCAGCGCGGACAGAACCGCCGACGAUGCACUGAUCACCGUGCCGCCGCACUUCGACAUACCGGACCCAUGGAGAAAUCCUGGCAGCGGACCGACACUCGUGCAACAACACUGAGGAACCGCUCGACGAUCUACGAUCACGUCCAAGCUUCGAUCUCUGUUCGGUUGCAAUAGCUGGCGAUUUCAACGAUGACGUCUUCUUGGGAUCUUUCUACUUUUGAAUUUGGGAAGGAUGAGGGGAAAGGGCGGGAGGGGGAGGUGAUUGAUGAGAAUGUUGGUAAUACCAUGCGAACGAAAUUGAUAGAAAAGAUAUUUUUUAGUACGUAUACAUGAAUGUAGAUCGCUUUUAAGAUUAGUUUUAAGCGCAACAGAUUCGAUGAGACGGGAAGUCGGUGGACGUUGAUAUCGACGAGGAGCAAGAAACUCUCGAUCGGACGCAAGUAUGCGGAGGUGUUCGAAAAUAUUGGCAUGUUAGAAAAGAUAUUACAAGAUGGACAAGAGGUAACUACAAGUCUUUACAAAUUGUAAGAUACUGAUUGUACUUGUGUUUUUGAAAUAUUCCUGGGAGAAAUUAUCAAUUUCGAUUUUAUCGGCGAAACACAUUCGGGACAAUCGAAUACUUGCGUUUUGAUCGCGAGUUUGUUACAAGAGGUACUACUUUUUGAUAGAUAAAAUAUGAUUGAUAAAUAUGUAAAUCGCAUGAAGGCCGAGGCUUGAAAUUUAUUUCAGUAAUUUCCUUGAAAUUGCGUUUGAAACUUUGGUCGUUCGAUCGGUUUAUCGUCGAGUUCCGUCGCUUUUACGAAAAAGUUCUCCGACCGUCACAGGUUCUUUCCUUCGUCGAUUCUGUUCCAAUUGCAUUGGCAGCAAUUCUGUAUCCUACUGCUGGAGCCCUCUAUACGUUACGAUUUAAGCAGUUUAGUUUUAGUAAUUGUAGAUCAGGCUAUAGAUGUUGUAUUAGUUUAUAAUAUACACGUAAACGGUAGAUCAUACGACGAAUAUUUUAAUUGUGAAAUAUUAUUGGCGAGAAGACAGACAGAUUUUGAAUCGUAGGUUUGCGAAGCAUGUCUCUCUCGUAUUAAUAUUUUUUUAUUUCCAUACAUUUGGAGCAACGAAUACACACCAAGGACAAUUAUUGUUAUAUGAUAGAAUCUUAGACUUACGUAUCUUUCGUUUCCUCAGUUCCUAGAGCAACGACUUUAUGCUUCGAAAUUUCAACGAUACUAGGACCUUUGUCGCUGUAAUCGAGACAUAGAAUAGCGUAGCGUUGAUCAAACUGAUCUAGUAUCAUUGUUAACAAGAGAGUGACAAACAUUAUAUUUGUAGAGCGUGAAAAAAAGAAAUUGAUCUGUGCAUCUUUAUAUACAGAAUCGACGAUGAUACAACGCCACGUUGUUUUUUUGUUCUUUCUUUUUUUAAAGGAAAUAUUCAAGCGGUAUUCGCACAAAGUAUUUUCUCUCUAUGAUGAAAAACGCGAGAAAUGGUGGAGACGAUUACAAGGAUAGAAAGGACUGACAUUGCUAUACGAGAAGCGCGUUCUUUUGUCAAUGUACUGCUGCGUUUCAAUUAGGAUUAGAUCGUAUCUCGUAAACCGCAUAUAUAUGCAUAAUAACUAAAACUUCACUAGGCAUCACGCGGAGAUCCUCGAGCAAUAUAUCUACCCUGAGACAUUCUCGGGGAUUCGCGACUGCAGAAUGCAAAUAGAAUGAUAAGG